CAGGUUUUGCUGUUUUGCAGGCUUUGAUAAGAAAACCAAGGCCAUGAUAACACUCUUGGAAGAAGAUAGCAGCUCUUGGACUAACAACACAACUCAAAUUUACCGCGACAGGAAACCAGAAUUCAUUCAAAUGCUUGAACAGUUAAGCCAAUGUUACCAUUCCUUGGCAGAAGAAUAUGAUCACUUAAGGUCUCAAUCCAAUCAUGCUCUACAUUCUAAGUCCGAAGAUCCUAACCGAGAAGUUUCAGUUUCCCGUCCAGAAUCUGUCGCUGAAGAUCCUGACCCUGCAUGUGUUAUUGCUGGCUUUGAACAUCUGAACAAUCUACCAGAUGACCUGCUGCCAACUGAACCCCGUAACACGAACAUCAGAGAAGACUCUGAAAUAAGGGAGAUGCAAAUUAUAGAUCAUGGUGGAACAGGAGAUUUCCUUCCAGCUAACAAGUCAGAGACUACAUGGUCUGAACUCAAGUUUCAAGUCAUAGACCUUAUAGAAGAGAACCUGAGGCAGCAGAGAGAGUUGCUAAGCAGGAAUGAUGAAAAGAGAGCAGCCAUUAAGGGACUCCGGCUACAGUUGGAACGCUUAAAGGGUGAGAAUGCAGUCCUCCGAAGCUGCCUUGAAUGCUCAAUCGAUGACACCAAGGGCAAAAAAUUUCAGACAUCAUUGUUCAGAAGGAUACUUUCUGGGAGUUUCUUCAGAAGGUAGUGCUCUCAUUUGAAAUGCAAUUGGCUGCAACUAGGAGUUUUACAACUGUUCUUUUCACCAAGAAAAACCGGAACAGAUUUAAGUGAAGUCCAAUCUUCAACGUCAAAGCUCAAUCCUACCUCAUGGAUGUAUUUUCCGUCUAUUGCAAAUGGACUUAUCCCUUUUCACUUCUGUAGAGUAAACCAUUUUAAUAAAUUCACAGGUUGCCCAAUUGUCCCAGUCUAAAAAUUCUUGGCUUGUAUUGUGGUGCAAGGACAAUGAUGAAUCACUUUGAACUAGUUUAAUAUUAUUGUUCACAGUUUGCAUUGUAAUCCAA